UGCUCACUGCUUUCACUGUCUCACUGACGAGCCUUACAGACACACCCAGCGCAGUUCUUUCCCACCCCUUCCCAGGCAGCAUGAAGUUACUGCAAAGUUCCGUUUGAUCCGGUGCGUGAUGUUCUGUACAAACCCAGAGCUGGUGGAUAGCUGAUGUUUGUGUAAUUCCGGCCCAGCCGAAACGCUUGUUUUCCUUUGGGAAGUGAACGCUUGAACUGAGCGAGCGAGUUUACAGCAGCGACCGAGCGACCUGAUGUACUGCUCGAACAUGCACUUUUACACAACUCGCCUUGUUUGUUAGUGGCUGUCUGAUGUAACCUGGUGGUUUUUAUGGUGACUCUUUUAACGUUUGAAGAUUUUUUUUCUCCUCGUUGUCGGAUCUGUACUCUGGGACUGUGCAACUUAUUUAAUUAGACCAUAAUGAGGCUGUGGCCAGCUCUUGUUGUUUCUAACAGCCUUUGGCCCGGGCUCAAGCUCUUUGUAUCAGUGUUUCUGAUCUUAAACGGCCCGGUAGCUGUUCAGAGUGACGAGAAAUCAUGUCACGGAGCGUUUGAUCUUUAUCUUGUGCUGGACAGAUCCGGGAGUGUGGCGAACAACUGGGGCGAAAUCUAUGGCUUUGUGGAAGCUCUGGUCAAGCGUUUUGUCAGCCCCCAAAUGAGAUUGUCUUUCAUUGUGUUUUCAUCCCGUGCUGAUGUGAAGAUGCAACUAACUGGUGACAGGAAUCAAAUCAAUGCUGGUCUUCUUGCCCUCAAAAAUGUAAUUCCAGCAGGUGAUACUUAUAUGCAUCUGGGUAUACAAGAGGCUUCGAAACAAAUAAAGCAACAGAAAGGGAUUAAGACUGCAAGUGCAAUUAUUGUUCUGACCGAUGGUGAAUUAAUAGAGAAUGUGUUGCCCUACACAAUUAAUGAGGCUGAUGAUGCAAGAAAACUAGGGGCAAUUAUUUAUUGUGUUGGUGUGAAAGACUUUAAAGAAACACAGCUGGAAAAAGUUGCAGAUUCACCAAAUCACGUUUUCCCUGUUAAUGGAGGAUUUCAUGCUUUGAGAGGAAUAAUUGAUUUGAUUUUAAAGAAGUCAUGUACUGAGGUUUUGCAUGUGGAACCAUCUUCUGUAUGUGCUGGACAAGAAUUUAAAGUUGUGCUAAGAGGAAAUGGAUUCACAGCAGGAAGAGGCACAGAUCUGAUUGUAUGUAGAUACUACAUAAAUGAUUCAACCAUUAUAACUGAGAAACCAAGUAACAUGGUAACGGAUAAUUAUCUGCUGUGUCCAGCGCCUGUGCUACAGGAAGCAGGCCAAUCAAUGGCUGUAUCAGUGAGUUUGAAUAGUGGGCAGUCAUUCAUCUCCAGUUCAGUCACCAUCACUGCCACAACUUGUUCCGAUGGGACAGCUGUAAUCAUUGCCAUAUUCACCAUUCUUCUGCUAAUUGGACUAGCAUUGAUGUGGUGGUUCUGGCCUCUAUGUUGCAUGGUGGUCAUAAAAGAUCCUCCACCUCCUCCACCCCCUCCAAAGGAGGAACCUAUCCCAGACCCCGUGCCAAAGAAGAAGUGGCCGACAGUUGAUGCUUCAUACUAUGGCGGUAGAGGUGUUGGUGGCAUCAAAAGAAUGGAGGUCCGGUGGGGAGAUAAAGGAUCCACUGAUGAAGGGGCAAGGCUAGAAAAGGCCAAAAAUGCUGUUGUAAAAGUUCCAGAAAUGGAAGAGGAACCUCUUGCUCCAAAGCCACCUAAACCUCCAGCUUCGAAUCACCCUCCUAGACCACAGUGGUAUGAUCCUAUUAAGGGCAGGCUUGAUGCACUGUGGGCACUGUUGCGGAGACAGUAUGACCGAGUAUCCCUGAUGCGACCCCAGUCUGGUGAUGAGGGCCGCUGCAUAAACUUCAGUCGAGUCCAGACACAGUAAAAUUGAAGAAGUCAGAGCUGUUUUAUUUCUUUACUACCUACUGAAGAAAGAUAAAGGAUUCUCUACUUCCAACCGACAUCAGUAAUCUUCUCUAAAGAUGGGCGAAACACCGUCUUGGUGAUGCUUUUUUGUUAACUCAUCACAAAACUGCAGCAACAGCAAUACAGAUUUCCCUUUAACCCACCAAGAACUUUAUGGCGAUUUCUUGACGGAUGUGUUGCUUCUCUCCUGAUCUUCAGCCCAGAGUAAUGGCAUGCAGCAAUGGCAAAAAGUAAACAUUAACACUCAUCACCCCCUAAAAGAAAAAUACAUUGAUUCUUGGCACUUGAAGUCACUUUGAACUUUUUUCCAGUCUGAAUGUAGUCUGACUGUAAUGUGCUGUUUUGGGUCAUCACAUUUUAUAGACAGAGUGUAUUGUCAGAAAGGAGCCUAAUACCCACAGGCGGAGCGACAAUCCCACCAGGCCUACCCGGUGCAUAAGUUCAUUGCCUUUCAGCUAUGUCACAUUACAAGAUCUUUCCAACUUCACCACUUUACAAUGCCUUACGGGAGCCGUCUGACUGAAAAUCUUGUCAUUUUCCACUGAAAAGUGCACACGCAUGACAAAAUGUAGGCAGGAUGCCCCAAGGUAUGGGAAUCAGCUAGAUUUUGCCCUUUAGUUUUUGAAGACACCUUUCUUUCAUUAUGUGCUGGGAAAGGAAAUUAAUAGAGCGUUAUCUUACAGCAGCACUGCCUGUAACCAAAGAUCUUCCGCAGAAAUUGAGACAUUGGUGCUUUGAGGCCAGGCAUAGUGGCCAGUGCUUUGCCAUUGCUGUAAUCCUGUGUUCAAUCGCUCAUAACCUGUCAUCCUAUUGAAGCAGUUGCAUUGAUCUGCAUAUUUCUGUAAAACAAAUAAAUAAGACAAAAUAGAAUAUCCCUUUUACAAUCCAAGGCUGUACGGGCUGCUAUCCCCCCAUUCUUCAAAUCUCCAAGGGCUUUACAGUGUCACAAGCCAGCAACUCUCUUUGCAUGAGAAUUUCAAAGUUUAAUUAAUAUAAUUAAAGGCAACAGCAAGCAGCAGCCUGUGAAGAUUUUGCUCAUCUUUUUUAUGCUUUUUGACAUUGAAUGACCUAUUACUAUUUAAGCUUUGCUUGAAUUUUUAAAAUAUACUUUGCACUGGUUUCGUUCGAAAGGGAAAUAAAGAGGUACCCUUGUUUGUAACCGAACAAUGAAGGUAUAUCUUCCUGCUGCAGCCUCUUUCCAAAAUAUUGGGAAAAAAUAUAUUUCAUUUUUUUUUCCCCAACCGUCUUGUCAAGACGACAAUCCCAAAUGAUGUCAGUAUGAGCAGAAACACUGUGGGGGAGAAGAAAGCAGCAGCUGAGAAAAAGCUCGAAUGAUGCAGUCACUUUCGAUACUGUACAUGAAAUGCAAAAUGGAUAUUCGAGUCGAAACCUGACAAAGUGCGCCUGCUUUGAUGUGAACUGGUAUAGACAAUGACCAGUGGCUGGGUCAGUGGGAUGUCUCUCUGCGAGCACAGAAGCUUAUCAAAUGACACUAAAAAUAAGUUCAACAACCAUCACAUUUGAGAGAACAGGCGAACAUUUCACAUUUGGUGGGCAUGCAAGUGCGCGAGAUGGGAAGAGCGAUAGUGAAAAGUCCUGGUCUAAUUAUGCUUUUGAGCUGUUCAUCAAAAUCACAUGGGACAUGGAUGUUUCCCUUGGUUUACAUGCAAAAUUUAUGAUGUUGCCAAAAGAAGCUCUGUGUAUAACCACUUGCUUAAUCUUUUGCUCAUUAUUGUUUCAGGUCAUGGCAAAAUUGUAAGUACUACCUAUCAAUAUGUCACAAAAUAAAUUUUGCAAGGAUU